AAGACCCUUCACCUGGCCGGCCAGCAGCAUACCUCGUCACCAUGGCUGCAGGCUCUGAGAAAGGAGAAGUCGCGGGACGCUGCGCGGUCGCGGCGGGGGAAGGAAAACUUUGAGUUUUACGAGCUGGCCAAGAUGCUGCCGCUGCCGGGCGCCAUCACCAGCCAGCUGGACAAGGCCUCCAUCAUCCGGCUCACCAUCAGCUACCUGAAGAUGAGGGACUUCGCCAACCAGGGGGACCCACCGUGGAACCUGCGCAUGGAGGGGCCUCCGCCCAACACCUCGGUCAAAGCUAUCGGUACCCAGCGAAGGAGGUCUCCCAGCGUCGUCGCCUCGGACAUCUUCGAGCCUCACCUGGGCAGUCACAUUUUACAGUCUCUGGACGGGUUUGUAUUUGCACUAAACAAGGAGGGACGCUUCCUGUACAUCUCUGAGACUGUCUCCAUCUACCUGGGGCUGUCGCAGCACCAAGGCAUCUGCUUCGCGCUCGCCAUCAUCCCUCGCUGCUCGUGGGCCAGGCAGGCAGCGGCGGGGAGGCGAAUGCAACGCACCCGGGCGGAGAGAAUCAGAGUUUACACAACGGCGAGGCGGAGAAAUUAA